CUUUUUGCUUUGCUUCGCCCUUGUCAUCUCUUUCAUUCCUUGCCAAGCAAACCAAACCUUCCUCUCUUAAUACUUCCCUUAGUACUAGCAAAUAAAAAGAAGAAAAGAAAUAAAUAGUUCAUCAUGGCCAUCUGGGGAAUGUCAUCACUGCCGAACAAUGAGGAUGUUAUGGACGAUACGAAUCCCAUUAGCUGCUUCAAUCUCAACAGGACUCAACGUCUCUAUGGCUUCGGGAUCUGUUUCGUGGCUGGAUUCUUAAUCUCGAUUCUGUCUACUUUGUCACUCGGUACUGGGCAGCUCGCUUUAUUUGCAGUGUUCUUCACUCUUGGCAACAUUGUGUCGUUGUUGAGCACCACUUUCUUAAUUGGACCUUCCAAGCAGUUCAAGACUAUGUUUGCCCCAGUUCGUAUGGUUGCUUCCAUUGUUUUCCUAUCUCUAAUCGUAAUCACUCUCAUUGUCGCAUUCACACUUAAAGCAGCACUCCUUUGCUUGAUUUUGUGCAUUGUCCAGUUCUUGGCGCUGUUCUGGUACAGUGCCUCAUAUAUCCCAUACGGCCGUGCAGCCAUUAGGAAGGUCGCUGGAGGAUGCAUUGAUGUGUGAGCUUUCAGUUCAAAAAAUGUGAAUAAAAG